AUGCCCAAGGUGGUCUCUCGGUCUGCGGUUUCAGCCUCUACAGAUGCACACCCCACUGCCUCGUCCGCGGCGGCCCUACGCGUCUAUUAUUGCCUUUGUGGCGAAUUCAUCCUCGUGAUCGACAAGUCCCUCUCGAGCCUACCACGGAGGCAAACGGAUAAUGCCAUUAUAGUCCGCUCUCAAGAUAGCAACGACCAAAAAGCCCGUGUCUUCAAGCUUAACGCAAAAUAUGCAGACCCCAUACUACUGGAAAGAAAGGACGGUCAUGAACGGCAAUACAGAUUCAACUGCCCUCGCUGUACUCUUCUCAUAGGAUAUCAGCAUACGCCCCCUCCAGCCAAAUCAUCUCCGUUCAUCUACAUCCUUUCUGGUGCCCUCACGCAAAUGCAAGGCCAGCUACCCCAGGAUGCGUUUGACGGGGAGAACAAUUGA